AUGUGGAUGAACAGAGUGGAUAUUUUGGAUCUGUCUUUGAGAAAGCCUGUGUGGGGGAGAUCAGUGGAGGACGUUGAGAAAUGGAAACGAGCUCUGGACGAAGUGUCCAAUAUCUUUGGUUAUCGUUCUAAGGGGCUGUAUAUAUCAAUCUUAACAAGUUCUGAUCUCUCCCUUGUUAGGCGAAACGAAGCUGAGAUGAUCAAAGAAGUUGCUAAUGAUCUUUCAAACAUGUUAAAUAAGGUUACCCCAUCAAGGGAAUUCGAUGGAUUAGUUGGAAUUGAGAAUCAUAUCACACAGAUAAGUUCAUUGUAUUCCGUUGAUGACGUGAGGAUGGUUGGAAUCUGGGGUCCUGCAGGAAUUGGAAAAACGACCAUCGCCCGAGCUUUACAUAGGAAGCUCUCUAGUAAUUUCACACACAGUGCUUUUAUGGAAAGCACAAGGGGAAGUCGUGAGACCCAUCAUCCGUUCAUUUUGAAACAAUAUUUUAACGUGCUUUUAGUUCUCGAUGAUGUAUAUGAUUCAAGGCAGCUAAAAGCCAUGGCUGACGAAACUCAGUCGUUUAGAUAUGGAAGCAGGAUUAUCAUCACAACGAAUGAUAAGAAACUUUUGAAGGCACAUGGAAUCAACCACGUGAAUUUUCCAUGUUCAUCUGAAGCACUUGAAAUCUUCUGUCUAUCUGCUUUUGAUCAAAAGUCCCCCUAUGUUGGUUUCGAGGAGCUCGCCAAGGAAAUUACAGGAUUUGCCGGCAAUCUUCCUUUGGGUUUAAAUGUUUAUGGUUCAUAUCUAAGAGGAAUGUCCAAAGGAGAGUGGAUUCACGCAUUUCCUAGACUUAGGACAAGUCUCCAUACAAACAUUGAGAAAGUAAUAAGGCGCGACUAUGAGACAUUAUGUAACAAAAAUAAGGAUUUGUUUCUCCAUAUAGCAUGUUUUUUCAAAGGUGAGAACACUAGCAACCUGGGAGACUAUUUUAGCAACUUGGACAUCAGGCGCGGGCUUCAAGUCUUAGUUGAAAAAUCUCUCAUAUUUAAAGACAAUAAUGGGGCACGAUUAGUGAUGCACAAUUUACUAGAACAACUGGGUAUAGAAAUAUCCCGUAAAGAAUACAUAGAUGAGAAUGGGAGACGUGCUCGGGAGAUUUGUGAUGUCCUCAACGAUGAUAGAGGCUCUGGAUCUGUUCGAGGCACAGAUCACGUAUUAACUGCAAUCAAGGACGAUAUAAGCAUUGGCGAGAGAGCGUAUGAAAGGACAAUUGACGCUUUACCGACGCUUUCUCUUUUGCCUUCCAGUUCUACACAUCAAAUCUUUAUUAGUUUUCGCGAGGCAGAUGUUCGCGAUAGCUUCCUCAGUCACAUGCUAAUGGUGCUCAGAAACAAAGGAAUCACCCAAGGAAGCUAUAAAAGGAUCAAUGAUCUCGAUUGUCAUAAUAUCAAAUAAUUAUACUUGUUCAAGUUGGUGUCUGAAAGAUUUAGUGGAGAUCAUGUAGGAGAGAGAUGAGUCAAACAGUGUAUGGAGACCACCCGAUGUGAAGACGCAGAUUGGAUCUCUUGGAUCUAUCUUUGAGGAAGAUCGUGUAUGGAGACCAGAUGUUCGCGAUAUGAAGACGUGUAUGGAGACCAGAUGUUC